AUGGCGCAAGCCUCCAAAGCGGGAACACCGGGUGCCCAAACACCAAAUAUAGAAAAUUUCCGUCAAGAAGUCCUCGUGGCUCACAACAAGAGGAGAGAAUGGCACCAGGCACCUCCUGUCAAACUCAGCCCAGAACUGAACAAGUUGGCCCAGGAGUGGGCUGAGAACCUAGCCAAACAGAACAAAUUUGAGCACAGCCCAGCUGAUAGGAGAAAGGGGAUCGGGGAAAACCUGGCGGCACACACAAGAGUUCUCAGUGGUGAUGAAGUGGUUGAAAUGUGGUACUCGGAGAUACAGAACUACAACUUUCAAAAGCCCGGUUUCGCAAUGAACACCAGUCACUUCACGCAGCUCGUGUGGAAGGACUGCCAGUCGAUUGGGGUUGGCAUGUCUACGCAGAAGGCAGGCAAUGGUAUGUAUAUGUACGUGGCCAAUUACCAACCUGCAGGCAACGUCAUCAACUACUUUGAUAAAAACGUACUGACGAAAAAAUAG